AUGGCCAAGCCUCCGGUGCCAUGGCCUGUGUGGCUGAUGCUGGCCUUAGCCUCCCAGGACAACUUAUGGAAGUUUGUAGUAGCCCCGGCUUGCUAUGGAGUCACAACUCCUCAACUGAUUCAACUGGUUCUUCCACGAAAAAUGGGCAUUGUGCUCCAGGAAUUUCUAGACGUUGACUUCGUGGGCAGCGUCCAGUGGUCCCGUAGCUCUCGUAGCCUGAGAGCAACACCAGGCUGGGAGCGAAUUUGCUGUGAAAGAGCCGCAGAGCUGGCGAAGAAGGCGAAGGAUUUGCCGCCACCCAGUCGUGGCAUUAGCAUGGACGACGUGGAUCUCUCAUAUUCGCGGAGCAGCGGACCAGGAGGUCAAAACGUCAACAAGGUGGAAACCAAAGUGCAGGCAAGCUUUGAUGUGGGCACUGCCAAGUUUCUACCCAACUGGGUGAAGGAAAACCUUCGCAAGCAACAGGUGAAUCGCUUCAACAAAGAUGGGGUUCUCAUCGUCAGCUGCGAGGAGCAAAGAACGAGGCAGGACAAUCUCAGAAUAGUCAUGCAAAAGCUGCAGGGCAUGAUCGACAAGGCUGCAUUUAAGCCCAAGAUGCCCGACAAAGCAAAGGUCAACAAGAUGCGCCGCGCAAAGAGAGCUGCGAAUGAAAAGCGACUACAGGAUAAGAAGUUGAAGAGCAAACUUCUCCAAAAGAGGAGAGAGGCAAAGUUCAACUACUGA